UGUAUGCGUUUAUUUAAUACACUAGUAACUAGUACCGUCCCCGUUGUUGAACGUGCACCGAAAUUAAAAUUCAAUUACAUCGAAAUAUAAUUAUUCUUUGUUCAAAAUUGUUGUCCACUCUCGAGAUAAUUUUAAAUAUCUGCAAAUAAGUUUAAAGCUACUUUGUGAAAUGUGAAAAACAGUAAUUGAGUGUCGAAUGUGUGUGUAUGUUUUACUACACAUACACACUUUGUGAAAUCGUCAAAGUGGCUUGGCAUGCAUACACACUCAAACAUACACACGUAUAUGUGUACUUAUAUAGAGAAAAUCAACUUCUCGUUCGGUAUAAGCAAAAAUUCUUGCGAAUAUUCUGCGCUAUUAGCGUAAAUGCGAGUGUUUAAACUUAAUAUAAACGCGGGCAGUGCUAAAUAAUUUUCCUCUUCUAUUGAACUCGGAAGGCGCAAGGAAAAAUAUUUCUUAUUUUUUUGUAGGAAAUUAAAAAGUUAAUAAAAAUUGCGAUAAAUGCUUACGAUAAUGACGUUGAAAACCAAGUUGAUGCUGGAAUAGUUGGGAAUGCCACUUUUGAAGCUGACGAUCAGUUAGAACAUUUGAGCACUAUGCGCGAGGCGCUUUUUUCCCAAGAUGGCUGGGGCUGUCAGCAUGUCAACCAGGAUACCAAUUGGGAAGUCCCCAGUUCGCCAGAACCAACCAAUAAAGAUGCGGCCGGACCACCAAUGUGGAAGCCAAGCAUUAACAAUGGAACUGAUCUUUGGGAAUCCAAUUUAAGAAACGGUGGUCAGCCGACCGCUCAGCAAGUUCCGAAGCCGUCGUGGGGUCAUACACCAUCCUCUAAUCUAGGCGGAACGUGGGGAGAGGACGACGAUGGGGCCGACAGCAGUAGUGUGUGGACAGGAGGAUCGGUUAGCAACGCCGGAUCUGGAUCGGCAGUGGGAGUGAACCAAGGCGGAGUUAAUGUUGGCCCAGGUGGUGUAGUCUCAUCUGGAGGACCUCAGUGGGGACAAGGUGUGGUGGGCGUCGGACUUGGAUCAACUGGAGGUAACGGAUCAAGCAAUUUAUCUGGAUCGACUGGAGUCGUCGCAGGUGGCAGCGGAAACUCAAGCAAUACUGGCAAUGGUUGGGGAGAUCCUCGUGAAAUUCGACCUUUGGCUGGAGGCGGAUCGAUGGACAUUCGAAACGUUGAUCAUCGCGGCGGUAACGGUUCUGGUGGAACUUCGAGCGACCCCCGCGACAUCCGAAUGAUCGAUCCACGUGAUCCCAUUCGAGGAGAUCCCCGUGGAAUAUCCGGUCGUCUUAAUGGAACAUCGGAAAUGUGGGGGCAUCAUCCGCAAAUGUCGCACAACCAAAUACAAAAUAUGAAUAAAAUGGUUGGCCAAAGUGUGGCAACUGCUAGUACGAAUGUUGGAGGGACAUCAGGCCCGGGUAUCGGACCGGGCGGUCCUGGUCCUGGUCCUGUAUCAAGCAGUAUCCCAACACAGUGGGGGCCAUCCCAAGCGGUAGGCGUUGGUGUAAGUGGUCCCAAAGACAUAUCGAAGCAGAUUAGUGGAUGGGAGGAACCAUCGCCACCGCCCCAGCGACGCAGUAUUCCUAAUUACGAUGAUGGCACAUCCCUGUGGGGUCAGCAAACUCGUGUUCCCGGUGCAAGCGGUCACUGGAAAGACAUGACUGAUUCAAUUGGCCGUGGUGGUCAUCUGAUGCGUGGUCAAAACCAGUCGGGUGGCAUCGGUAUCGCAGGAGUUGGCAAUAGCAAUGUUCCAGUUGGAGCCAAUCCCAACAAUCCUAUGAAUAGUGUAGUUGGACCCCAGGCUCGCCUACCAUCUGUGGGAGGCGUGCAACACAAGCCAGACGGAGGAGCCAUGUGGGUGCACUCGAACAAUGUUAGUGGCAGGAACAACGUAGCUGCUGUCAACACUUGGGGAGAUGACACUCACAACGUCAGUGUGGGUGCCCCCAGUGGUGGAGGUGUAUCCAGCAAUAAUUGGGUGGAUGAUAAAUCGAACGCAACACUGGCUCAAAACUCUUGGAGCGACGCAGCACCAGUUGGAGUUGGAUGGGGCAACAAGCAAAGCAAACUGCCGGCCACUAGCACAUCGUCUGGUUGGAGCACUGGGGCAGGUGUAGGCGUGGUGGAUGGCGUUGACCUAGGAUCUGAAUGGAACUCACAUGGAGGGCUAAUUGGAAAAUCUCAGCAACAGCAAAAACUAGCGGGACUUAAUGUGGGAAUGGUAAGCGUUAUCAACGCAGAGAUGAUAAAGCAGAGCAAACAAUAUCGGAUUCUUGUUGAGAACGGAUUUAAAAAGGAAGAUGUGGAGCGCGCAUUAGUGACUAGCAAUAUGAACAUCGAAGAAGCAGCCGAUAUGCUGCGUACCAACUCAUCUUUGGCCAUGGAUGGUUGGCGCCGGCAUGACGAGUCAUCCCUUGGCUCAUAUUCCGACCACACGAGUUCAACAAGCAGCGGUGGAUUUGCUGGUCGUUACCCAGUUAGCAGUGGACAACCUUCAAUAUCUUUUCCUCACAAUAACCUUAUGAAUAACAUGGGUGGUACUGCCGUUACUGGAGGAGGAAACAAUAAUGCAAGCAUGACAGCUUUGCAAGUGCAAAAGUAUUUGAAUCAAGGCCAACACAGCGUUACUGUAGGACCGCAAAACGUUGGCAACACUCCUGCCGUAUCCGUCGGAUUUGGUCAGAACACGUCCAACGCAGCAGUGGCAGCAGCAGCUUCCGCAAAUAUAGCAGCAAAUACAAACAAUCAACCAUCGGGUCAACAAAUUCGCAUGCUUGGCCAGCAGAUUCAGUUGGCCAUUCAUAGUGGUUUCAUAUCUAGUCAGAUAUUGACUCAACCGCUUACACAAACUACCCUUAAUCUAUUAAAUCAACUCCUUAGCAAUAUUAAGCACCUCCAAGCAGCUCAGCAAUCCCUUGCUCGCGGAGGAAACGCAAAUCCAAUGGCAGUGAAUGUGGCUAUAUCUAAAUACAAGCAGCAAAUUCAGAAUUUACAGAACCAAAUAAAUGCACAACAGGCUGUCUAUGUGAAACAGCAGAAUAUGCAACCGACUUCGCAACAACAGCAACAGCCCCAGCAACAGCAACAUCCCUCUGUACAUUUAAAUAACUCAGGCAACGACUAUUUAAGAGGUCACGAUGCAAUAAAUAAUUUGCCAAGCAAUUUUUCUGAGCUCAAUAUAAACAAGCCAAGUGGAUAUCAAGGAGCGUCCAAUCAACAAUCCCGAUUAAAUCAGUGGAAGCUUCCAGUAUUAGACAAGGACAUCAACUCUGACAGCACGGAAUUUUCCCGUGCUCCGGGUGCAACUAAACAAAAUUUAACGAGCAACUCAAGCAACAUAAGCUCUUUGGGCCUACAGAACGAUAGUACAUGGUCAACAGGACGCAACAUUGGGGAUGGUUGGCCAGAUCCCUCAUCUGAUAACGAGAAUAAAGACUGGUCAGUUGCACAGCCAACUUCAGCAGCAACUGCUUACACGGACUUGGUCCAAGAGUUCGAGCCAGGCAAGCCAUGGAAGGGUUCUCAGAUCAAAAGCAUAGAAGACGAUCCCAGUAUUACUCCUGGAAGCGUUGCUAGAUCUCCACUAUCCAUUAAUUCGACGCCAAAAGAUGCUGACAUAUUUGCCAAUACUGGCAAAAACUCACCGACUGAUUUGCCGCCACUAAGUUUAUCGUCGUCUACAUGGAGUUUUAAUCCCAACCAAAAUUUCCCAAGUUGGUCUGACAACAGUCAGCAAUGUGCCGCCACUUCUGAGCUUUGGACAAGCCCCCUAAAUAAAUCGUCAUCUCGAGGUCCCCCGCCUGGAUUGACUGCCAAUUCAAAUAAAUCUGGUAACGGUGGAAAUAGUAGUACGUCAACACCAUCUAAUAUUACCGGCGGUGCUAAUGGUUGGCUACAGGCUAGAAGUGGUGGUGUUCAAACGACAAAUUCAACUUGGACUGGUGGUAAUACUUCUUGGGGCUCUAGUUGGUUGCUUCUUAAAAAUCUAACAGCUCAGAUUGAUGGUUCUACCUUACGCACAUUAUGUAUGCAGCAUGGCCCUCUUGUUAGCUUUCACCUAUAUUUGAACCAAGGAAUUGCCUUAUGUAAAUAUACAACUCGAGAGGAGGCGAACAAAGCGCAAAUGGCGUUAAACAACUGUGUUCUCGCCAACACCACAAUAUUUGCUGAAUCUCCAAGCGAGAACGAGGUGCAGAACAUAAUGCAGCACUUACCACAAACAACUUCAUCUGCAAGCUCUACUGGAACUAGUGCUGGUAACGGCGGAGGAGUCGGCACUCCAUCCAAUAGUGGGGCCAGUAGCUCGGGAGCUAGUCUAUCCGGAAACAGUAGCAACGGCAACGGUAACGGAAGCAGCAGCGGCAGUGGUGGCGGCACCGGUAAUAAUGGCAACAACAGUGGAAACAGCAGUUGCACCGGCGGCAGCAACCCAAACACCAGUGUGGCAAAUUCGAAUCUACUUAAUUCUAGUGGAGGGUCCGUUUCAAAUUCAUCCGGUGGUGCUGCUAGCUCUGGUACGGGUUCUGCAGUAAGUGGAACAGCGAGUGGUAAUACCAUUAAUGGUGGACCGGCAAACAAUGCUGGCUCAAAGACUAAUGCAAGCAAUGUAACUAUAACUGGUGGUCAGUCUAGCGCUUCAAGCCUAACUAAUAGCACCAACUCAACAUGGCGUCAAACUAGCCAAAACCAAGCUCUUCAGGGUCAAAGCAGGCCAUCAGGCAGAGAAGCUGACUUUGAUUAUAUAUCUCUCGUUUAUUCCAUUGUUGAUGAUUAAAAGAUCAAUGACCAGUUCCAUUGGUCAUUGGCCAUUGACUAUCGCAUUCUGUGACUCAAGACACACACCCAAAAGCUUCAAAUGAUUCGAUACUAAGUAUGUAUGGAAAGCAAGACCAUGUUGUGAGGAAUAUAAAAGUGGAUCGACUGAUAGACGAAUGGACUUAGAAUUUUGUAUGCCCGUAGAUUUAUUUUUCUUCAUCGUUCAUAGAUCUAAACUUGUAUAUGUAAGUUUAAAUUUAAUCAAUAUAAAACAAAAACAAACAUCCGACAUAUAGAUAUACAUAUAUAUGAUGUCAAAAAAUGCUAUACUUGAUGGUUUGCUACAACAAAAAAAGCAUACCUUCCUAUUUAAGUAAAAGUGUUUUGACUCUGGCGCCCAUAGCUUAUCUUGGGAAACGGGGAAAAAUUUCAACGGUGUAUAUGUGUGCAUGGUAAAAUAUACUGUAAUAAAUAUUAUGUAUUGCAACAUCUAUGCAUAUAUUUAUGGAAAAUUUAAAUUUUCAGUAACGACUGAAAUCGUGUGUCGGUAGCAUUAAGGGACAAAGUCUAGUGUAAUUAUCUAAUUUCAAGCCUUUGAUGUCCAAGUUUGACAUAGAGACAACAUAUACUAGAUACAUAUAUAUGUAUAUCUUUUGUGUACAUAGAUAUAUGUUAGGGCUACGUCCUAUUUUGCUGCUUGUGCAUAUCGAUCAAAUGCCUACUAUUCAUGAGUGUUUUUGUGUUUCCAGUAAGGAAAAAUACCUGUGUUAUAUUCAUUAUAGGAAGUUAUAAUCUAAUUACGGUUUUGCUUUCAUUAAAGCAUUCCCACCGAAAAAAUUCGGUUAUACAUUAUAAAAUCACAAUAAAAAUAUCAAUGAAGUUA